GUGGUGUGUGGUGUGGUGUGGAGACACAGUGUCCCUCAGACAAUGGCCGGCCGGACGUCUGUGUUGUAAGUCAUGUUUUGUUGGUAACCCACUUGGCGAGGAACCCUCUGGCGGUCUUCAGGUUGGCCUGAUGAACAUCGCCGCAAUCAAUCACGCGCACCCAUGCAGUAUUCAAUGGCUGACUGACUUCGUGCAGACUCUUGCCGGCCCGCAUGUGUGUCCGGGUGGUGUUGGUCUGUGUCUGGUCCACUGCACCCACCCACAACGGAAACACGGGGAGGGGGGGACAGCUGAGGUUUUUUAUCGUCCUUCACGCAUUCAUGGCUACCCGGCUGUGGGCGGGUGACGAUGUGGCCGACAGGCUCAACCUGGGCAGUGCAGCGGAAUGCACAGCAGCCAGGUUAUUUGCUGCGCCGUCGCUGUGUCUCUUUCCCUUCCUUGCUUCUACCUACCCUGUGAGCGGGGGGUGUGGGCGCCUCCUCGGAUACUUCUGAUGUUUCGUUGCCCUUGCUGCUGGCUGUCUGAAGUCUCUCAGCGUCUGGGGCGGUGGCGUUGAGCUCAAUGGGCGGGGGUGUGGUGGCUGUUGUCAGGAUGCCGGGAGGGGCCGCCGCUGAGACAUAACACAUACAUAGUGACGACACGUGUUCGUGUGUGUUGUCUUCCGUCCUCACUUGUUGGGGGCGGUUUGGGGGUUGCAGGUGGUAGGGUGACGUUCCAGUUGACCACCUCCUUGCCCUGUUGCUGACCUGCGUCGCGCCCUGCCUGCCGCCCCGCCUCACGUGCUGCCGCCUCUGUCGCCUCAUCAGCCGCUGCUGACGCACCCGCCUCCCGACCUGACACAUGCCCACAACACAGACAUGGCGAUCUGUGGGGGUUUCUCCUUUCUGCGGCGUGUGUCUGUGCCCACCCACUCACCAGCUUGUCUGCCGAGGUGUUCGCCGGCUUGCCCGCCUGCUUCAUGGCCAGAUUGCCGACCUGCGGUGGCCCCCGCCUCGGCACCUGCGGACGCGCCGAUCUGAUAUGCGGGAUUGUGUACCGGGAACAGCGCAAAGGGGAAAGAGAGAGACAUGUAGAGACAUGUAAUGCUGCACCUACCUCUUUGGCCUCAGCCUGUGUGAGGGGUGCUUUGGUUGUGGUGGAUGUGGUGGUGGUUGUGGUGCUUGGCCUGUAUCCAAUGGAACAGCGCAGAGAGGGGGAGAGGGUGACACAGAGAAGCCGACACGGCAUUCAUGCUCACGACGACGUAGUGGUAGUGGUAGUGGUAGUUGUUGUUGGCUCUUCUUUCGGCGCCACGGUGAUCCCUGCAGACCACACACAGACAGGACACAAACAUAUCGGUGGGAUGAAGCCCUCACACCACACAUGGGUGUGGGAACGCACCGCCGAAGUGAGCCUGCCACUCUGCUUUGCUGACUUGGCCAUCCUUGUCCCCAUCCAAGGACUGUUUGGAACAAAGGAAACCAGUGGCGUCCUGGGGCUGUCACAUCUAUCUACAUCUGUGCGUACUUUGAACAGGGUGUCUACUUCCUCUGGGCUGCCGGCGAUACGCAGCUGCUGGGCCAACGCGUCUACCUCACCGUGGGUCAGAUUCCUGAAUGAUCCGCGCGCGCAGAGAAGCUGAUCCACAUGCGAGUGUCUCUUCCUCAUAUGUACCCGUCACUGUUUGCAUCCGCUGCUUUGAAGCUUUGUGACCACUGGUUGAACGCCCCCUCCAUCUCAUUUGUCAAGCGGUCAACCAUCUCUGUUUACAAACGAAACGAGCACCAACAGGAAGAUGCCCUCAUUGAUUACUGGUUCGUUCGUUCACAGACCUUUGGGUGGUGCGGUGGUCGAAGCCUUCAGGGCCUUGAGCUGAUGAAAUGAAAAAGGUGGAGGGAGGAAGGGAGAGACAUGUGAGACGCGUGCACAGAAGACCCCUGGCAGUGUGUGUAUGUGCCUCUUCGUCUGUUGGAAGCUUGUCUUUGUCGAGGGUAGGUUUGGUCACGAUCGGCCCGGCAGCGUUGUUCAGCUCCUCCUGGGCCUUGGCAGCCGCCUGCUCUGCCUCCACAGCCUGACGAGCCACACACACACACAGGAAGAGAAAGAGACACCAUCAAGACCACGGAAACAGCCCCAACAUCCGUCCGUAGCAUGUGUGUACCUUCCUCCGUUGUUCCUCCUCUUUGGCCUUCUGCUCGUCAAGCUCCCUCUUCGCACGCUCCUCGGGACUCAUUUCCUCCUCUUGAGCCUUCGACACCUGCUGGCCCUUGGCAGCCUCCUCGUGCACCUUUAACCUUCCCGCCAUGUCAUCUGCCGCCGUGCUGUUGCUGUUGCUGUUGCUGUUGCUGUUGGUGCUGCUCUCAGGUGGAGUCUCCUUGGGCGGGUGUGUGUUGGUGUCUGUGUGGGGGUGGGUGAUGAUUGGGUUGGGGCUGGUGGUUGUCGGUGGAGGGCUGGUGGUCGUUGUCGGGGGCACUGUAGUUGGCGGGGCGAAGUGUGCGUCCCAUUCGGCUUUGCUGAUCUUGCCGCUUUUGUCCUCGUCGAAGGCCUGAGAAGCCGAAGCCCCAUUAUUAUGCUUGGACAAUGGCCACAGAUGGCCAUCCAUCUUCUGUGCUGACCUUGAAGAGUGCAUUGAUUUCCUCUUGGCUGUAUGCGACGCCUAGGUGGCUGACCAACACAUCAAACUCAGCCUGAUCAAGGUACCUGCAACACACCACAACACACCACACCCACAUCGAGACAACAAUGAAGGACCAGAGAAGAAAAGUCGCUCCUCCGCCGUCCCUCGCCCGUCAUUGUUCUUGUCUGAGUCAUCGAAUGCCUUCGCCGGCUCCCUAUAUGUCGACGCAAGGGCGUCAUAAAAGUCUUUGAGCAGGUCUGCAGAGAGAGACAUCCACAUGUAUGGAUCACGUUCAGGCGAGAGCCACAAGAACAGACUCCGCACCUUUGAGGCUUGCGUGUGGGUGGACGCCCCAUGGUUUCCUGUUGUGGUGGUGCUCAAACAUCUCAAGCAGAUAACACGAGUGCAGCGUGUCGAUAUCGUCAUGCGCUAUGGAGUAAUUGAGGAAGCGCAUAAACCGGCUGCAGUAGUGCUGACGACAGACACCACCUUUAUGCCCACAACCAGCCCCGCAUCUUCUUGUCGCUUGCCCACCUCUCCUCGUGUGUGGUGCACUCUCAUGCAGGCUCCAUAGGCCAGGUCAGCCACAGGCUCGGACCGCAGGAGCCUGUCCAUCGUGUUGCUGCAGAACAGCGCCUCCCCCACAUUGGAACAGAACUUCCCGCCAUCCACACCCACGCCUAGCCUUCCGGCCCGCCCACGCGCAGCCGCAUACGCCCGCGCAAAGAACAAGCACCGGGGCUCCUCUGUGAACGACUCAUUGCAGGCCUUCCCCGCGGCCGCCUCAGCGGCCUUGAAAGCAGUCAGGUUCUGUUGGUUGAGAUCGUCGACGAUUUCGAGACACUCGGUCUCCAGGAAAUCAUCUUUGGUUGUGUUGCCGAAUAGGGCAUCCCAGAAUGACCAGUCAGAGGAUGUGUUUGACGAGAGGCUGGGCAGGAGAGCUGCUUGUGGCGAUGCUGGUUGGAGAGAUAAAGGUAGGGGAGCGUUGGGAGUGCUGGGAUCGAUGGUUUGGUCGGCAUUGAGCAAAGGGCUGGUGCGGGGAGACCUCAGGGAAGGGGAAAUGCAGCAUGCUGGCUGGACCUGAUGGAUGCAUAGAUGGAUGGGUGGAUGGAUGGAUGCACAGACAGACAGACUCAUUGUGGUGCGGUGUUUUUGUCGUACCAGGUAGACCGAUUGUAAGAUCAGCAGGAAAAAGAGGCUCAGCAGCCUUGCUGCAUCCAUGCUGCAACCAAUGGACCUCCGCCGCAU